CACGACACCUCAUUUCCAUUGUCUCAACCCAGCCCAGACCACGUCUCUCCCUCUCGUUUCAGUUUCCUUCAUUGCCUAGCUCGAGCGGAGGGAGGCGCAGCCAGCCCUCACCGACCAUGCCCGUCGAACCCUAGGUCCCAGUACGGAGGAGAGCUCGGGGCCUAGUCGAGGCCCGAGAGGCGGGGCAGCACGUCAGCAGACCGAACAAGAAGGCAGCGAAGGGUUGAGAGAUGUCAUUGGGUUACGCUGAGAAGCUGUCCUACCGGGAGGAUGUGGGCAGCGUGGGAAUGCCUGAGAUCUUCGACACCCCUGACCUCCUCCAGAACAAGAUAGAAGAGCUUGCAGUCAUGGUGCAAAAGAGUAAGCACUUAGUGGUGUUUACCGGAGCAGGAAUAUCAACUUCAUCAGGCAUACCUGAUUUCCGAGGGCCCAAGGGUGUCUGGACCUUGCAGCGUGCAGGAAAAGGUGCUCCUAAUGCAUCACUUCCCUUCCAUCGAGCUGUUCCAAGCUUGACUCACAUGGCACUAGUUGAAUUGGAAAGAGCAGGGCUUCUGAAGUUUGUCAUAAGCCAGAAUGUCGACAGUCUACAUCUUCGUUCUGGUUUCCCAAGGGAGAAGCUAGCUGAAUUACAUGGCAAUUCUUUCAAGGAGAUUUGCCCAUGCUGUAAAACUGAGUACCUUCGUGAUUUCGAAAUUGAGACAGUAGGACUGAAGGAUACUCCGAGGCGUUGUUCUGAUAAAAACUGUGGAGCUAGAUUAAAAGAUACAGUUCUUGAUUGGGAGGAUGCUUUACCCCCUGAUGAGAUGAAUUCUGCCAAGGAGCAUUGUCGAACAGCUGAUCUUGUCCUAUGUCUAGGAACUAGCUUGCAGAUUACUCCUGCAUGUAAUAUGCCUCUGUUGUCAAUGAAGAAUGGGGGUAGGGUGGCUAUUGUAAACCUUCAGGCAACUCCAAAGGAUAAAAGGGCAAGCCUUGUCAUCCAUGGACUUGUGGAUAAGGUCAUUGCUGGGGUCAUGAGCAUGCUGAAUCUGCGAAUUCCUCCAUAUAUACGUACUGACUUUGUUCAGCUUAGUCUUCGACACUCGUUGAAAAAGAAAUGUGUAAGAUGGACUCUCCGAGUAACCAGUAUUCAUGGCCUGCGAGCACCAUUGUCAUUUCUUAAGUCCAUCGAGGUUUCCUUUCCAGAAAGACCUGACAUGAAGCCUGUAGUGCUUAAGGAGCAACCAUUUUCUUUGCAGAGGGAAACAUCAAUGAAUAGACCAUUUUUCAUGCUGUUGACAUUAAACUUCAGCGAUGGUUGUGGCUGUUCGAGCUCAUCAAUUGAAUGGCCAGUCGAUUUUCAGAAGCAGAAAGACAGCUUCGUUAGAGAUAGAAGUCUAGUCCUACGGGAGCUGGAGUGUGCUGCAGAGCACGAGUCUUGCGCGGGGCAACAAGAAAUUCUGGAAAGAGAGAGCCUGCCAAGAGCUGAGACCACUGUUCAAGCAAUUGUGACCAACAUCGUUAGGUAUGACACUAAAGAUGACAAGGUGACGCCACCCAAGGAUAAUGGGAUCAAUAGCAGCAGCAGCAACCCUACAAAACGGCACAUGGAAGGCACUGGUUGCUACUCGGCAUCGCCGAAGAAGCUGAAGUGCUUUUUGAAAGACAAAGAAGCUGAACUGCUAAAACCAUAGAAUUCAGAAUUGUGUAUGUUUGUUUCUUUUGUUCAUUAGACGAGUUAGCAUAGCAUAGAUGCAUGAAGUUCAGAUGCAAAGGUGUAACCAAUAAAAGGUUGGACAACUCUUUUGUUGCACAGGAAAGUUAGUUGACUUUAUGUAUAAUACAACCAGCAUUGCUUAGCUACGCCCUCAGGGGAUUUGGUUGCGAUACUUGAUAGCAUGUUGUAAGCUCUCAAGAGACUUCUGAACCUAGUGACUGAACAAAACCAAUACGUGUAAGUGCUCA